UCAGUGUGCUGCAGGAGGAACUGCUGAAGGAGAUAGGUCACCUGGAGGAGAAGAAGGAGGAGGCUGUAAAGGCUGCAGCGACCUGCUCCGUAGAACACUUCCAGAGCCUGCAGGACCAGUUCUUUAUCCUGCAGAAGCGUCUGACAGCGCUCCCUCCGACCCUGCGCACCAUGAAGACAGACUACGCCAGCCUGAGGAGCCAGGUCCGCAACUUCUCCGACUUCUACGGAGCAGCCAUCACCGACGCCAAGAAACAGAUAUCAGCAGCUAUGAGGGAGAUGUCGGAGGCCAACAAGGACCUCCUGGAGAAGUACAGGAAGGAGGUGGCACUGCGGAGGAAGUACCACGAGCAGCUGGUCGAGCUCAAAGGCAACAUCCGUGUGCUGUGCCGUGUGAAGCCGGUUCUGAAGGAGGACCAGCAUGAGGAGGGCCAAUCAGUGGUGGUAACCACGGACCCCAACAACGAAUCAGCUCUCUCGGUGCUGAAAGGGCAGGGCCGCAGCCAUAACUUUGAGCUGGACCGUGUCUUCCACCCUCAGGCCACUCAGGAAGAGGUCUUCCAGGAGAUCGAGCCCCUUGUGACAUCCUGUAUAGAUGGAUAUCACGUCUGCAUCUUUGCCUAUGGGCAGACUGGCUCUGGGAAGACCUACACCAUGGAGGGCAGCACAGAGAACCCAGGCAUCAACCAGCGUGCUCUGAAACACCUGUUCAGUGAGAUAGAGGACAGGAAGGACAUGUGGAUGUACACCGUGACUGUCAGCUCUGUGGAGAUCUACAACGAGGUGCUCAGAGACCUGCUGAGUAAGGAUGGAGAGAAGCUGGACAUUAAGAUCAACCCUGACGGGACAGGACAGCUGCACGUCCCUGGACUCAGGCUCAUAGAGGUCAAGAGCUUCCAACACAUCAAGAAACUUCUGGCGCAGGCGCGUCGUAACAGGAUCACCUUCGGGACCCAGAUGAACCAGCACAGCUCUCGUUCCCAUGCCCUCCUCAUGAUCACUGUGCUGGGGACUGACCUGGCCAGCGGGGCCAAGACCACAGGCAAGUUGAACCUGGUGGACCUGGCUGGCUCUGAGAGGGUGUGGAAGUCAGGAGCUGAGGGAGAGAGGCUGAAGGAGGCCCAGAACAUCAACCGCUCCCUGCUGGCUCUGGGGGACGUCAUCCAGGCUCUGAGGGGGAAGGAGAAACACAUCCCCUUCAGAAACAGUCGCCUCACAUACCUGCUGCAGGACUCACUGGGCAAGGGCAACAAGACGGCCAUGGUGGUGCAGGUGUCUGCUCUGGAGAGAAACGUGGGAGAGACCAUGUGUUCUCUGAAGUUUGCUGAGAGGGUUUGUAAGGUGGAGCUGGGGCCUGCAGCCAGGAAGAUACAGAGAGGAGGGGGAAGCCAUCAGUGUGACUAGAACUCCACUUCCUGAAGUCAUCCAACUUCCUGUUCCCAUGGACAACCAAAUACAUCAACAAGCAAUAACAACAACAAACAACCCCCUCUGCCCAGUCAGCCAGUCAGUCAGUCAGCCAGCCAGUCAGUCAGUCAGUCAGUCAGUCAGUCAGUCGAUCAGUCUGUCUAUCAGUCAGUCAGUAUAAAGCUAUCAGGUGUGCAUUCAGUGAGAUUAAAUAUUGAGAAUGUUGCAGAGUCUCUAGUCUACCGAUCAUAAUGUCUGUUCAUGUCAUGCGCAGGAGGUUGGUGGCACCUUAAUUGGGGAGAACACAUUACAUCUUAGUCAUUUAGCAGACACUCUUAUCCAGAGCGACUUACAGUAGUGUAUGCAUUUCUUUUUUUUUUUUUUCGUACUGGCCCCCCGUGGGAAUCGAACCCACAACCCUGACGUUGCAAACACCAUGCACUACCAACUGAGCCACACGGGACAUGGUUUCCAUGGUUUCCAGGUGUUUGAUGCCAUUCCAUUCGCUCCGUUUCGAACCUUAUUAUGAGCCGUUCUCCCAUCAGCAGCCUCCUGUGAUGUCAUGUCUGUUGAACGUUCUGUAACGUUACACCCUCCUGAACAGACCCCAGCUGUAACGUUACAUCCUGCUGAACAUACCCCAUCUGUAACGUUACACCCUCCUGAACAGACCCCAGCUGUAACGUUACACCCUCCUGAACAGACCCCAGCUGUAACAUUACACCCUCCUGAACAGACCCCAGCUGUAACGUUACAUCCCCUGAACAGACCCCAGCUGUAACGUUACAUCCUCCUGAAUAGAUCCCUGCUGAGUCUAAAACUAUCCUGAUAAAGAAGGGCUAUGACUUAAGGUCUCCGUGACAACGUCAUCAGGAUAACAGAUAAGAGUGAAGGGAUAAGAAGUCUCUAUUGUCUCCUGUCUGCUCCUGUUCAGAUAAGAAGGCUCUACUGUCUCCUGUCUGCUCCUGUUCAGAUAAGAAGGCUCUACUGUCUCCUGUCUGCUCCUGUUCAGAUAAGAAGGCUCUACUGUCUCCUGUCUGCUCCUGUUUGGAUAAGAAGGCUCUACUGUCUCCUGUCUGCUCCUGUUUGGAUAAGAAGGCUCUACUGUCUCCUGUCUGCUCCUGUUUGGAUAAGAAGUCUCUACUGUCUCCUGUCUGCUGCUGUUUGGAUAAGAAGGCUCUACUGUCUCCUGUCUGCUCCUGUUUGGAUAAGAAGGCUCUACUGUCUCCUGUCUGCUCCUGUUCAGAUAAGAAGGCUCUACUGUCUCCUGUCUGCUCCUGUUCAGAUAAGAAGGCUCUACUGUCUCCUGUCUGCUGCUGUUUGGAUAAGAAGGCUCUACUGUCUCCUGUCUGCUCCUGUUUGGAUAAGAAGUCUCUACUGUCUCCUGUCUCCUGCUGUUCAGAUAAGAAGUCUCUACUGUCUCCUGUCUGCUCCUGUUUGGAUAAGAAGUCUCUACUGUCUCCUAUCUGCUCCUGUUUGGAUAAGAAGGCUCUACUGUCUCCUGUCUGCUCCUGUUUGGAUAAGAAGGCUCUACUGUCUCCUGUCUGCUCCUGUUCAGAUAAGAAGGCUCUACUGUCUCCUGUCUGCUCCUGUUUGGAUAAGAAGGCUCUACUGUCUCCUGUCUGCUCCUGUUUGGAUAAGAAGGCUCUACUGUCUCCUGUCUGCUCCUGUUUGGAUAAGGCCUGUGUCAUCAGCUCAUCUGCAUGAUGCACCAACCAGUAUGACAUCAUCAUCAACAACACACUAAUCCGAGUGCCAAGACAACCUCUACCUUUGAAACUUCCUACUAGAACUACAAAUAAACAACAAAUGCUGUUUCCUUUGACUGAAUUGCCAGGAGUUCUUCAUCAGGGCUUGUAUGUUUCAAGCAUCUCAGAAUAUGAGUGCUGGUCUACGAUCAGGAACUCCCUGUAGUUAUUAUAAUCGUCUUCAUUAUGACCUGAGAGGCAAAACUGAUCCUAGAUCAGCACUUCUACUCAGAGACAUUUUGGGAAUACAGGCCUUGAAUGCAAUUUCCACCAUCACAAUGCUUAGAGAUGCUGCAUCUUAAUCAAAUAUGUUCUCCAAGAGAGGAGUGUCACAGUAGACACGUGUUCUGUUCUAUUCUUGCAGUAUUAAUAGUCUGUCUCUUCUAUAUGACAACACGUGAGCUUCUUUGAUUCCAGUAUAGACAUGGCCUAUCUUAAAAAGGUACUGUAGUGUGUAGGAUCAAUCUGAGUGUUGUGUAAGUGAUGGAUUGGGCUGUACUAGCUCUGGUCCAGGGUGUUAGUGUGGCUACCUUCAGGUAGUCUGUGGUCCAGAGUGUUAGUGUGGCUGCCUUCAGAUAGACUCUGGUCCAGGGUGUUAGUGUGGCUGCCUUCAGAUAGACUCUGGUCCAGGGUGUUAGUGUGGCUGCCUUCAGGUAGUCUGUGGUCUAGGGUGUUAGUGUGGCUGCCUUCAGGUAGUUUGUGGUCUAGGGUGUUAAUGUGGCUACCUUCAGGUAGUCUGUGGUCCAGGGUGUUAGUGUGGCUACCUUCAGGUAGUCUGUGGUCCAGGGUGUUAAUGUGGCUACCUUCAGGUAGUCUGUGGUCCAGGGUGUUCGUGUGGCUACCUUCAGGUAGUCUCUGGUCCAGGGUGUUAGUGUGGCUACCUUCAGGUAGUCUGUGGUCCAGGGUGUUAAUGUGGCUACCUUCAGGUAGUCUCUGGUCCAGGGUGUUAAUGUGGCUGCCUUCAGAUAGACUCUGGUCCAGGGUGUUAGUGUUGCUGCCUUCAGGUAGUCUCUGGUCCAGGGUGUUAGUGUGGCUACCUUCAGGUAGUCUCUGGUCCAGGGUGUUAGUGUGGCUGCCUUCAGAUAGACUUUGGUCCAGUGUUAGUGCAGCUACCUUCAGGUAGUCUCUGGUCCAGGGUGUUAGUGUGGCAGGUAGUCUCAGCAUCAGUAUUAGUGUGGCUUGCUGAAGUCUCAGCAGGUGGCAUGUUAACUCCAUGGACCAGAGUGUUAGUGUGGCUUGCUGAAGUCUCAGCAGGUGGCAUGUUAACUCCAUGGACCAGAGUGUUAGUGUGGCUUGCUGAAGUCUCAGCAGGGGGCAUGUUAACUCCAUGGACCAGAGUGUUAGUGUGGCUUGCUGAAGUCUCAGCAGGUGGCAUGUUAACUCCAUGGACCAGAGUGUUAGUGUGGCUUGCUGAAGUCUCAGCAGGUGGCAUGUUAACUCCAUGGACCAGAGUGUUAGUGUGGCUUGCUGAAGUCUCAGCAGAGAGCAUGUUAACUCCAUGGACCAGAGUGUUAGUGCGGCUUGCUGAAGUCUCAGCAGGGGGCAUGUUAACUCCAUGGACCAGAGUGUUAGUGUGGCUUGCUGAAGUCUCAGCAGGGGGCAUGUUAACUCCAUGGACCAGAGUGUUAGUGUGGCUUGCUGAAGUCUCAGCAGGGGGCAUGUUAACUCCAUGGACCAGAGUGUUAGAGCGGCUUGCUGAAGUCUCAGCAGGGGGCAUGUUAACUCCAUGGACCAGAGUGUUAGUGUGGCUUGCUGAAGUCUCAGCAGGGGGCAUGUUAACUCCAUGGACCAGGGUGAAGGCUAUACCUAAAUUCAGUGAUGACCUCUAUCACGAAAUGUGUCAUUGUUGUGAAGUUGGAAAAAGCAGUUUGAGUGUUAUCGUAUCUCUCAUACUGCCUAAUUCACUAGCUUUCAGUGAAGUGAGCAAUUACCUCUUUGCGUCCCAAAUGGUACCCUGUUCCCUAUAUAGUACCCUACUUCUGACCAGGACCCUAUGGGCCCAGGGGUGCUAUUUGGGACGCAAAUCGAGAGUGAAGUAGGUAGCUAGCCCUGUGUGACAAUAUGAUAAAUAACAAAGUGCUGUUAUAAUAUGUGCAAUACAGAUGUAGGAUCUUAGAUCACCCUGUUGCAGGAGAACUUUCCUGCAAUGCAGGAAACAUAAAACUUGUAAUGUAUUUGUAAUUUCCGACUUGAUUUUCCAUUAUGAGCAAUGUAAUCAACCCUUACAAAAAAUGUCCAUUAAUUAUAAUCUACAUAAUAAUUCACAUCUCCUGUUGCUACAGGAUUAUUUUCCUGCUGUAGCAACCUGGCUCAAAUUAAGAUCCUACAUCUGUAGCCUCCUUUGAUAGAGAAAUGUUGGUGUGUUUGGGGGACUGGUGGGAAGCACUUUGUGAAAUAAAUAGUUUUGCUCUUUUCAGGCCAAUUUAGGUGCUUUAGAUGUAUAAUUACUGAAAUAUCAUCAUACCAAAAAUGUAUUUGUUCAUUGUAAUGUUUUCCAUCUUAGUUGAACCCGACAGUCAACUAUUGGUUUAAUAGUAACUUUUAAUUCAGUAGAGUAGCAAUACAUUUCCUGUUGCAGUAACUUAUUAUACAAGUGGAUUAGGGUCACUUUACAAUCUGAUUGGUUAAGGAUCAGUUUUCAGCUGAUUUUCCAAAUAAAUCUGGAAUUUUACAAAUGUG